AUGAAUCCCUCGCCGUCGCGUCUCAGAACUGCCUGGAAGGGCAAGGAAAAGGCUGUUGACGCGCCCAUUAACGAUGACUUUGGUGACAUUGACCCAGUCAUUACCUAUCGACAUUUGCUAUCUCAGAACCUCGGUGUUCGAGACCCACUUCGCGUUAUCGCGCUUUGUGACAGCGACGCCUUCUACGCGGCAUGCGAGAUGGUUCGUUUGGGAAUAGGCGACAAGCCUCUCGUAGUUCUUCAGUGGGACUCUCUCAUCGCCGUGAAUUACCCUGCCCGGAAGUUCGGCAUAUCACGCAUGGACAAGUUGAAGGACGCUAAGCAACGGUGCCCGGAUCUUGUGGUUGUGCACGUCGCUACUUAUAAGGAAGGAGAGAAAGAACCAGGCUACUGGGACAACAUAGAUUCAAGAACGCACAAGGUCUCCCUGGACUAUUAUCGACGAGAAAGCAGUAAAAUUCUUGGGAUGUUCAAUGAACAUCUUCCCGAUGCUGAGAUCGAGAAGGCUUCCAUUGACGAGGCUUUCAUUGACUUUACGAAGCCCGUUCGAAAGAUUUUACUCCGGAGAUAUCCAUACCUCUCAGCCAUUCCGGCUGAUUCUCCUGAUGGAAUGGAUACCCCGCUUCCGUCAGCCCCGUCGAUAUCUUGGGAUAAGGCUGGUUUCCUCAUACCCACUGACCCACUUAUAGCUGUGGAUCAAGAACCGGGUUCCCAUGCCACUUCGAAUGAGGAAGGUAUAAAAAGCACCUGGCAUGACGUCGCUCUCUCUAUUGCCGCUGAAUUAAUGGGCCAGGUUAGAGAGGACAUAAAAACAAAACUGGGGUAUACAUUGUCAGCGGGCAUCGCGAGAAAUAAAUUUCUCGCAAAGCUUACCGCAUCCUAUCGAAAGCCCAAUAGUCAGAGCAUCCUGCGUAAUGCCGCCAUUCCGGGUUAUUUGAAACCCAUGGAAUUCCAAAAGAUACGGUUCUUAGGUGGGAAACUCGGGCACGCUCUAGCGCAAGAAUAUGAUGUUUCGAAGGUGGCGGAUUUACUCCCGGUUAGUCUAGGCAAGCGGACUUUUCGGAACAAAAUGCAGCACAAAUUUGGCGAGAAUGCUAUUUGGGUCUACGAGGUGCUCCGCGGAAUUGAUCGUUCUGAAGUCAAGGCCAAGUCCAUCGUCAACAAGAGCAUGUUGGCCGCAAAAAAUCUACCGAAACCUAUCACCAAGCAAUCGGAAGGACACCAUUGGAUUCGGGUUUUGGCCGCGGAAUUGGCCUUGCGACUCAAUGAUGCGAGAGAGGCCAACCCUAAUCUUUGGCCAAAAACUCUGGUUCUCAAUACCCGCAGAGGAGGAUAUGAGAGUUCCCGUUCCAAACAAGCCCCGUUUCCAUUUAUCCGAGAAGUCACUGUGGAUGUCAUCGCAGCCGCUGGUAAUAAACUCUGGAAAGACCUCGUUGGAAACUCUACAUCCAUGAGGGUGACAUGCAUUCAACUUGCAUUCACUGGUAUAGAGACUGCGGAAAUCGGACAGCAGAGUAUUGACGGAUUCUUAAAAGCUGACUCGAGCUCAAAACGCGGACGAGAUGAAGACUCCCCCGAGCAUGUUACAGAGCUUACUGCGGAUCAGUCGGCGGCCGCAGCAAGACAGGAUGUAGCCUUCACAUGCGCGCGCUGUAGGAAGGAUAUUCCGUUCCCUGGUACUGCAUCAGCAUCGGAAGAAGACCAAGCCGAUCUACUAGCCACCAUACGGAUGGAGCACAGCGACUGGCACUUUGCCCAAGACCUCGCGAAGGACCCUGGUAACCAAUUGCGUGUCUCUUUGAAAGAGCCAGCCAUGAAAAAGAAACGACGGAAGGAAUCACCUAAAGGCAUAGAGAAGUUCUUCACACGAAAAUGA